AUGCUUCCAGACUGGCUUUACAAGCAAGUUUUCAAUCGUUCAAUUCGUCCUGUUCCCCCCAAAAAUCUUGUAGAAAUAUCAAUGGAACAUUUGAAAGAACAAGGAUAUUAUAAUAAAAAGGCCGAUACUGUACCUAAUAUUAAUCAGUUCAAAUUACCGAAAUUAUGUGGAAAGACAAUAUCAGAACAUUUUUGGAGAAUUGGAGAAGAACAAGCGCGUCCAAUUCGUGACUUGGCAAUGCAUCUUGUGGGCACAAAUUUACCGACAAUGCCAACAAACUGGAUAUUGCGUCCGGGUUGGACGCGUUAUGAGGGAGGAAAACUUCCUAAUUCUGUAGAUUAUCCAAAUGAAAGUAUUUUAUGUUUUAAUACUAAAACAUUCGAUGAACAUAAAUACCCAUUAAUAGCUUGUGCGGCAUCUCCUACUGCGUGGUAUUCCUGGAUAUCGCCGCGAUUAUUAAGUAAUGAUGAUGAAAUUGAUUGUGAUUCAAAAUAUUUGAUUCCAGUGGGAAACCUUAAAAAAGAUAGGUUAAUUGUUGGACAUAAUGUUGGAAUUGAUCGGAUAAGGAUUAAAGAGGAAUAUCAUUAUGCAGGAUCAAACAUUAGUUUUUUAGACACACAGUCUUUGCAUAUUGCAGUUAGCGGUAUCUGUUCUCGAUUGAAAAAUGAUUGGAAUAAAUAUAAUAAGGCUUAUAAAAAUAGUGACAAACAAUAUAUGCUACAAGAAAAAAAAUUUCGGAAAAUUUAUGAUGUCUCAUCAGUCAAUAGCUUAUAUGAAGUAUAUAAUUUUUAUUGUAAUCAAUAUUUAAACAAACCAGGACGGGAUGUAUUUAUUAAAGGGACUUUCAAAGAACUUCAAGAUACAAAAAAUUUACAACAAGCUAUUGUUUCUUGUGCAAGUAACGUAGAGGCAGCACAUCAAGUUUUUCAAAAGUUAUUUCCGAAGUUUAUAGAUGUUUGUCCACAUCCUGUAUCAUUUGCCGGAGUGGUUCAAAUGGGAAGUAUGUUUUUGACGACGAAUAAAGAUUGGGAAAAGUUUAUAAUUAAUUCUGAAGCGAAAUAUAAAUCUUUAAAUGAAUCAAUCGAAUCAACUUUAGGGAAAUUAGCUGGUAAAACCUUGAAAGAAAGAAAUCAUGGCGAUCAAUGGGUGAAUCAAUUGGAUUGGAGAAUCAAUAGUAGUAAUCAUCCAGAAUGGUAUAAUAAAAUUUAUAACAAGAAUACAAAUAAGGUUCGAGUGACUGCUUUAAGUCAAAUUGCACCAAUUUUACUAAAAUUGAAAUGGUUAAAUUAUCCUGUUUAUUAUUCAAAGCAAUAUGGAUGGAUGUAUCGCGUUCCAAUUGAAGAUAAACACUUCACAGUAAAUUCUGAAUUGUGCAAAUUCCCUACACUACCGGAACAUGUUUACUAUGAACCUCACUUUUCAGAGGAUAAAAAUGGAUCUUAUUAUUGUAUACCGAAUAAAAAUGGAAGGACAAAUCGUUGCGGUACUCCACUUGCUAAAAAAUAUAUUUGUGAUUUUGAAAAUGGUACGUUGCAAUCUGACCGCAAAGAAGCUGAAGAAAUUCUAAAAUUUCAUGCAGCCUGUACUUACUGGAUGUCUAUUCGAGAUAGAAUUAAAUCUCAAUUGCCAAUUUAUUCUGGUUAUUCUGGGAUUUAUAAUUUUGGGUUUGAUACGAAUGAUGAGGAAGACAUCGGAAUAAUUCUACCUAAAACUAUAGCAAUGGGAACAAUUACACGACGUGUUGUUGAAAAUACUUGGGCUACUGCAACAAAUCCCAGAGAGUAUUUAAUAGGAUCUGAACAAAAAUCUAUGAUUAAAGCACCUAAAGGAUAUAAAAUAGUAGGAGCAGAUGUAGAUUCACAAGAAAUGUGGAUAUCAAGUUUGAUAAGUGACGCAGAAUUUGGAUUUCAUGGCGCUACUGGAUUAGGAUUAAUGAUGCUUCAAGGUAGUAAAUCUGAGGGUACAGACUUACAUUCCGAAACUGCUAAAAUUUUGGGAAUAACACGAGAUGAUGCUAAAGUUUUUAAUUACAGUAGAUUAUAUGGAGCUGGUAUAAAAACUAUCUUGGGAAUGCUUGAAAAUUCCUUUGCCAAUAUAAAUGUGGAAGAAGCUGAAGAGAGAGUAAAAACCCUAUUCAAAAAAACAAAGGGUCAAAGAUAUUAUAGUUCAAAUAUUAAUGGACACGGUUUUUGGUUUGGUGGUAGUGAGACAUACUUGGCGAAUCGUUUAGAAGAGAUUGCGACAUCAUUAGAACCUUUAACUCCUGUAUUGAGGUGCGGGAUAACUAAUGCAUUGAAACCUGCAAAUGCUGAUCGAAGUUAUAUGACUUCACGUGUUAAUUGGGUAGUCCAAUCAUCAGGCGUAGACUACCUUCAUUUACUUUUAGUGUCAAUGAAAUAUUUGAUUAAAAAAUAUAAUAUAAAUGCACGUUUCAUGUUAUCUGUUCACGAUGAUGUACGUUAUCUUGUAAAAGAAGAUGACGCAUAUCGUGCUGCAUUGGCACUUCAAAUCAGUAAUCUUUGGACCAGAGCAAUGUUUAGCCAUAUGUUGGGCAUUGAAGAUCUUCCUCUGACUACUGCGUUUUUUUCAGGUGUAGAUAUAGAUCAUGUAUAUCGUAAAGAGGUUGAUAUGAAAUGUAAUACAAUUUCACAUCAAAUUGAAAUUGAACCAGGAACUCGUGUUUCGAUUCAAGAGAUUUUAAAACAUCAAAGAACAUUACGAUGCACUGAUUCAAGUUUAUGUGAUGAAUCAUUAGAACCUGAUUUUGUAAAAGAUUUAGGAUCUUACGACUCAUUUUUAUGGAAAGCAUAUCAACCAAAAGAUGAUAAAUUAUUUCUUAAAGCUCAAUCCAUGUCAUCUACAGAAGAAAUAAAAAAACUAUGUAAAGAAUCAAAUUCACCAGAGAUAAAAACGUAUACCAAUCAAUUACUAAACAAAAAGAAACGAGUAUUUGAGCCAUAUGUUGAAACACCAGAAGCUAACAGUAAUUAA